UUAACGAUGAUGCUUCAUAAUCAUAAAACACGUCAUAGUUUCUCAGACCAAAUGGGAUGUUCCAAAAUGAAUAUGCAAAAGUGCGUCUAAAUACCGCAUUUACUAAUUAACGAACUGGUACAUUAUACAUAGGCUUACAGAAAUAGCUAAGUAAAUUAAAAAAGUAAUUAAUAAAGCAUAAGAUAUUAAUUUAUAUUUGUCCUCUAUUAGCGAAAAUUCGCAACAAUAAAUUCAACUGCAAAUGUUGAUUUUGAUUUAGUGUUGCAUCUCGUUUCGUGCUAGUGGUUGUUUGGUGGUCAACUGUGCUUUAGUAUUGACAAAAAGACACGAUGAAGAUUAUAUUGAUAUUAGUAUUACUGACAGUCCUGGCAGCCAUGGCAGCAGCCCAGCGACCCAUGAACAUGACCAAGCCGAAGCUCUACCAAGUCACCAGAAAACCGACAACUUUCAAGCACAAAACACCUGAGGAAAGGCGAAAGUUAUCGUUCUUUCCGAAGAGUACAUUCAAAUACAUUGCCACACCGAAGCCACAAGCAAAGAAACUAAUGGACAGGAAACCAAUGCUGAGUUUAAAGACAACUUUGCCUGUGGUAGAGGCUACAAAGGCUCCAAAAGUCAUUAAUAGGUCUCUACUGAACGCCAGAAAGUUUGCUUUUACUACGCCCGUGACAACGAAACUGACUACUACUGUGAAACCUACUGAAGCUCCUCAGUUAAACCAGAAUCGGUACAAAGCAUAUGAGUCCAGAGAAGAAGAGAGGAUCGGAGAGGUAAUUUCUGGAGAAGACGACGUUGAUCAGUCUAAUGAAGAAGAUUACGAAGCACAAGCAUCAGUUAUACAAGUUAAAGUGGUAAAAAACACACUAGAACAUAAAGAACGAACAAAUGACGCAACUAAACAAAACAAAGCAGUCGUGAAAGAAAAUAAAUUUGCCCCAAAAGUGAAUGAAAAUGUUCUGUCGGAUAAUGUUUCUGUGGACAAAAACGGUGCAGAAGAAAAAUCUGAAAUAGAAGACAAUGAAUUUCUGAUUGUGAGAGAAAAGAGAGACGAGGGUCUCAUUAUUCAGUUUCCGUUAACAAUGGACACUGAAGAUGAUGAGGGAGUCACUGCCGAGUAUCCAGAAGAACUUAUAGUUCAUGUGAUCAGCAAAAGGAACGUUAUAGAAGAAGAAAACCUCGCCUCAACAGUCUCUGGGUUCCGGUUUACAGGGAGAGAGCCACGACUGAACAAUCACCUGAAGUUUAACAACAUUAACGCUUAGUUAAGCGUUUUCAGCAUUUAUAGUUUAUAGUGACUACUACGACUGAAAUUAUAUUCCUAAACUUAU